AUGGUACCGGUGAGGACGGUCUGUCUCUUCGUCCUUGUGUUCUGCUGCCUUCUCAAGCCGUCCCUUUUCCAGGCUGACAGUAAGGAAAACACCACGAACAAAGCUAGAGCUCAGUCUCGGCAGUUUCUACGUGUGUGCUACCACACCAACUGGUCACAAUACAGGUCCGGCAUUGGUCACUUCACUGUGGACAACAUCGACCCUACGCUAUGUACGCAUAUCGUGUACGCAUUCGCCAAUCUGAACAGCGGAGUGAUCAGUCACAGGGAGUGGAAUGAUGAAGAUAAUUUCAAAAAGAUGAUGAGACACAAACAACAAAACCCAUCUCUGAAGGUCCUAAUGGCCAUUGGUGGCUGGAAUGCUGGGACAACUCCAUUCACGCGGAUCGUGAAAACGCGACAUUCUCGUAAAAAGUUUAUUGAUCACGCGAUCAAGUAUCUCAGAGAACGGGACUUUGAUGGCCUCGAUCUGGACUGGGAAUACCCCGGAAGUCGAGGCAGUCCGUCAGUAGAUAAAGAGAGGUUUACGCUUUGGGUUAAGGAGCUCCGAGAAGCUUUUGAGACCGAGGCUGAAGCCUCGAGUAGAGAGAGGUUACUGCUGACAGCCGCGGUGGCAGCGGGAGGCGACAAAAUAAAAACUGGAUAUGAAGUCAAGAAAAUUGCCGCGCACCUUGACUUCAUCAGCGUAAUGACUUACGAUCUUCACGGCAGCUGGGAGACAUUUACCGGCAUUAACGCUCCUUUGUACGCUCGGCCCGGAGAGACGGGGAAACAGGCCACACUCAACGCCGACUGGGCCAUAAGGAAAUGGAUCUCACUGGGCGCGCCAAGAAAUAAACUUGUGAUGGGAAUACCACUGUACGGCAGGGCAUUCAGACUUGCCAAUGGCAACGACCAUGGGCUAGGCAGUCCAGCUAGGGGCAAGGGGACGGCAGGGCGUCACACUGGAGAGGCCGGGUUUCUAGCAUACUUCGAGGUGUGUGAAAAGCUGACUUCUGGAUGGACCAGGGUCUGGAGCGAUGACCACAAGGCGCCAUACGCCUACAAUACAGCACGUUCACAGUGGGUUGGAUAUGAGGACCUCACAAGUAUUGGAUAUAAGCUGCAGUAUAUCAUGGACAAUAACUUAGCUGGCUCCAUGGUGUGGUCCCUGGCACUUGAUGACUUCAGAGGUACAUGUGAUGGCGGUGUUGUAAAUCCUCUUUUAACGAAGAUCAAAAAGGCACUUUCAGACCAAACCCGGAAUGACAGUUAUAUACCUCCUACGGAUGGCAUAAAGGUGACAGGGGACAGUGCUCCGGACACAUUAUCCAGCACCUGUGAGAGCAGAUGUGUCUUUGGCUUUAUUGCAGCUCUUUUGAUCAUCUCAUACUUGACUUUGUUCUGGUUAUUCGCUUGGCUCACCUGCCCAGUUCCUUUUGUAAUCUACGGUGCCAAUGUGUUGCUAAAGAAAACAACAUGGGGCUCACGCUUUAUCUCGUGGGUUGGAGAAAAGGCGAGAGGUGUAGAACGUUCUCUGCGAUGGGCAGUUCACAAAGCACAAGUGAAGUACGGCCCGGCUAUGAAGAAGAGCAUCAACAAAAACAAAAUGACAAAAAACGGUAAUCCGCCCACGCAGGUGAAACGUGGUUCAAACGAUGUCAGUCAAAUCCACUUGCCCGAAAACAACCGUCCAAACGAGACAAAAAAUGUAUCAUCAGCUGACAAUAACAUGGAACACAAUCGUGUCACUGUGGGACAACACGGUGGUCAUAUAUUACGUCAUAACCGAGAUGCACACGAUUUACAUACACGCGCCACCGGACAUCGGCGAGACACUGAUUUUGAAAAUCGACAUCAUUACACUAAUGCAAAGAGUGGACUUAGGGGUGUGAAUAUAUCUGACAACAAAUGCGUAAGCGGUAGUAAGAAUGUUCAGACAUCUGGUAGUCAAAACCCAAUUCCGGUGCAUCAAGAAAAUCUAUAUGUAAAUACAGCUGAUAUUCAAUUAACGAGGUCUCUAAACGAAAAACCUCACAGUCUCCAACUGGAUGUGCGCAACUUACAGCAGCACGGCCAAGACAAACAGCACGGCAGCGCGCUCCGUUUCGUCGCUUGUCCUCCAGUUAACUUUCCCUUGGCAGCUAAUGGCCGUUGUUUGCAGCAUAAUGAACAUACAAUCAGCACCAAGAAUCCAAAAUGUGCUAAAAGACUACCGCCCCCUAUAGCCAGGUCAUCGUACGUGUGA